AUGAAGAACUCUCUGCUCGCAGCUAUCUUUUUAUUUGCAACAGAUUCCUGCAACUGCAUAAACUGGGCUUUUCCAUUUUGCCAGCAGCUCCCAGAUUGGGACAAUGAAUUGGUAUGCUACAAAGAAUUAAGUGAGGACCUAACCUGUACCUGGCUGCCUGUGCCCAGCACUUCACAUAUGAUUAAUUAUACUAUAUUCUUAAAAUGGGACAGAAUACCAAAACUUUUUCAACAAAACACAUCAUCAUCUUCUAUCACGAUAGAACGAAAGCAUCUCUACAUGAAGCGAUCUGCAUCUGUUUGGGUAGUAGUGAAUUACGCCCAUGACAGCUGUGUGAAUGGAAAGAACAUCUCAGUUAUGCCGAGCAAAGCAGGGAAGUGCUUGACACCAUCUAACAUAAAUGCUCAUCAGAUCACAAACCAACUGAUAAUAAAGUGGGACCUGCCAGCAACUCCUACACCAUAUGAGCUGAGAUACAGAGAGGCACUCACAGAGACCACUCAGUGGACAUUGGUGCCUGUAGAAAGUAAAGCCGUCAAUGUCACCAUUUUGAAUUUAAAUGCCAUGUCUUCAUACACUGUUCAGCUCAGAUGCAUAGCCAAGGAUGGUCUCCACUGUGUUUGCAUUUGGAGUAAAGAGAUUUUGGUCCCUCACAAACUCAUGAACAAACCAAGAAUAUCAUAUAAUGCAACUACCGAAAUCUCUCCAGGCAGAAGAAGUGUUCUUCUGAAGUGGGAGGUAACACAAAGUGAGAACAUCCUUGGAUAUUAUGUUAAUGUGGAAAGAAUACCCAACAGUUGCAGGGAUUCAUUAAAUCGCAUCUUUCUAAAGGACAGAAAAGUUCAUCUAAACAUCUCCAUGGCUUAUUAUAGAGUUAAUAUUUCCGCCUAUAACAAAGCAGGAGAAUCUCCACAAGCUAUCUACAUCAUCCCAGACUUCCCUGCAACAGACUUGCCUGGCCAAAUCCAUGUCAAACACCAGGGAACUAAUGCAGUUGUCACCUGGACUCCAGAAUACAAUACAAAAUGUUUUGUGGUUGACUGGGGCACUGGUAAAGAGAAUAUGCACAUGAAAAUAGUAACCACGGCUACUGGAAAUUUCACGCUAGACAAUUUUCAGCCAUAUAAGUUGUACAAAAUAAUGAUGCAUGCUUCUGAUGUGUGUCAGUGUGAAAGUUUCGCAAGACAUGAAAAGACUUUUGGAGUGACCCACUUUUACUCAGUUGAAGGAGCUCCUAGGACAGGUCCUGCUAAUGUGACAAUUCUGAGUAUUACAAAGCAUUCUGCGCUUGUGAAGUGGACCAAAAUACCUACUGAAGACUGUUUGGGCUUUCUCCAGGGAUACAGGAUCAGCUGCAUAGAUUCAUCAAGGAAAAAGUUUCUGGCUGUUACUCUCAAUUCUUCUACCACAAGUUACCACCUUGAUGGACUGAAAGAAAAAAACACCUACCGUGUGCAGAUUUCCGGUUUCACUAAUGCUGGCGAAGGACCUGCGACUCUUUCACAACCUUUCAAAACUCCAAAAUACGAUAAAGGAGAACUUGAAGGACUUGUGACUGGCCUUUGCUUCAGCAUGGUAUUCAUUCUGGUUUUAGCAUCCCUCACUUGUUCUGUGGUGCUUAAAAGACUGAAAAUAUCAUGCUGGCCCAGUGUAUCAAGUCCAAGAAACAGCAGUGCACUCCAAGAUAUGGCAAGUACUCUUCUGAUGAUGUGA